AAUCUUUUGACAUUUGUGUUGGGGUGACGUGUGUAAUGUCAAUUUUAUGUCGAUUGUGAUUUUGGUUUUCGCCGAAUACAAUAUCCACAAAAAUAUGGAAUUAUUUAGGAUUUCAUCAGUUUUAUCAUUGUUCCUAUUGUUGGACUUGACUUCGGCUUUGUAUUUCCACAUAGCUGAAGGGGAAAGGAAAUGUUUCAUUGAAGAAAUACCCGAUGACACUUCAGUAAUAGUAAACUACAAGGUGGAGUUGUACGACCCCCGGUCGGGCGGGUUUAUGCCGUCGACUCCUGGCAUCGGUAUGCACGUGGAAGUGAGGGAUAGCAACGACCGGGUGGUGCUGUCGCGCGUGUACUCGUCAGAAGGCAUGAUCUCCUUCACAUCAAAUGUCCCGGGAGAGCACGUCAUCUGCAUGUACUCCAAUAGCACGUCUUGGUUCAGUGGAUCACAGUUGAGAGUCCACUUGGACAUCCAAGUCGGUGAGCACGCUGUGGACUACGCCAAUGUGGCACAAAAGGACAAGCUGACGGAGCUGCAGCUGAGGAUACGUCAGCUUCUAGACCAGGUGCACCAGAUCACUAAGGAGCAGAGCUACCAAAGGCAUCGUGAAGAACGUUUCAGACAAACUUCAGAAAGCACAAACCAGAGAGUCCUCUGGUGGAGUUUACUUCAGACUGGUGUGCUCGUUGGCAUUGGCUACUGGCAGAUGAGACAUCUCAAGAGUUUCUUCGAGGCUAAGAAAUUAGUGUAAACAAAACUUCAUUGUUUUACAUUGUAUUUUUCAUUUUGAGUUCACUUUUCUGUUCUAAGUAGUUUAAUACAAACAAUUUUUGAUAGUUUUGUUGUCCUGUUGUGUAUUGUGAAUGAUCUGUAUAUUUUUCAAUAAAAAAAAAUUAUUCCACAA